GAAUGACGUUGCGUGGCGUUAAGACGUGUUAUGAAAAUGAAAUACAACACUUAUCACUUCAUCUAACCAAAUCACCACAUUCACAAAUUGUCUUCUGUAGAGUGAAGUGUUCGUAAUAAAAACAAUUAUUUGUGCUAAAGUGUAACAGAAGCGAAUUACAAAUAUGUCCAAAUUACAAAAUAAAGGCUUCACGAAAGAAGAAGAAUUAUUAUUACAAGAUUUCAGUAGAAAUGUUUCAACAAAAUCUUCAGCAUUGUUUUACGGCAAUGCCCUAAUUGUAUCUGCGGUUCCAAUAUGGUUAUUUUGGAGGAUACAUAUGAUUGAUUUGUAUUCAUCAUUAAUAGUAUUUGCUGUGGUCACAGCAAUAUCCACAUAUUUAUUAGCAAUGGCUUACAGAAACACAAAAUUUACUUUAAAACAUAAAAUUGCCGUUAAAAGAGAAGAAGCUGUUACUAGAGAUUUGACCAAAAAGCUAGCAGAUGAUAAGAAAAUGAGCAAAAAAGAGAAAGACGAAAGAAUACUAUGGAAGAAGAAUGAAGUAGCAGACUUUGAAGCGACCACUUUCUCCAUCUUCUAUAACAAUGCAUUAUUUUUGGCUAUUGUGAUUCUGGCUAGUUUCUACUUACUGCAGUCAUUCACUCCAGCUGUAAAUUACACUCUUUCCAUUGGAAUUACAUCAGCAUUGUUGGCAUUAUUAUCAACUGGUUCUCAGUAGUCUAAUGACUAUAACAUAGCUGUUAACUGUUUCUUGUAAAGUGCUUUUGAACAUGCCAGCUGGCAUAGUAGAUUUAUAACAAUAUAAAUGGCCUUUUUCAUUAAAUGAAACAUUAAGUUCUCUUCAACGUGAUUAUUUUUAUUUGUUUAUUUCUUAUUGGUUAAUAAAAAGACUAAUUACUUUCCAAUUUAAAAAAAAUUGUUACAGGUUCUUUUUGGAUUAUAUUUAUUUUGUUUAUUAUUAAACUCUUUCCAUAACAUGUGUUUUUAUUUAAAAAAAUUUUAAAAUACCAAGUUAGCACAAAAUUAUUUUAUUGUUUAAUUGAUUACUGCUUGUGUUUAUGUUGAAUUCCAGGAAAUUAAGUUAAUUCUAGUGUGUUUCCAAAAAGUAAGAAAUUUUAAAGAAUGUACUUUGGUCAAGUCAACAACAGGAGUAUUGCAUUCAAUUACCAUAAAAGAAUGGUACUAAUGAAUUCAUAUUACAGUUAAAUAAUAUUGAUGUAAAUUUGAAUUUAGAUUACAACCAUUAAAAGUUGAUAUUUUGCU